AUGAGCCAAUUAGAACGCAGUUUACUGAUGUUGGAUGAAUCGACGGUGCAAUCGAACCGUGGAUUGCUUCGUUCCAAAGAAUCCGUUCGAUACUUACAGCAACAAGAGGCACAGGAGCAGCGACAAUUUGCAUCAUCGAUGCUGGGAGAUAGUAUGCUAGAUUCCUUGCAAGACGUUAGUAUGCUUCGGGAUCGGGAGGGGGGAUCGGAACGUGGCGGUCCACUGUCUGGCAGCCAGAUGAGUUUGGUUGCUGGCAGUACGGUGAGCUACAGCAACGCCAAUAUCCGAGAGUCCACCAAGCAGCUGUGCGAAGAAUUCCUGCAGGUAGUGAAACGCCACAAGAACGCGUCCGAUGUGUUCGAAGCGAUGGACGAGCUGAUCAAAUCGCUCGAUGAGACACUGGUGCAGAUCAACCUUGUCGCAAAGCAGCUGCUACCGGCCGGCCGCGAGCGCCAUCUGCAAGCGGAAGAGAUGUGGCUGAAUGCGGAGCGCGAUACGUGGAGAUUGAUGGUUUGUCUGUAUCGUGAUCGAAUGGUGACCCAAAAGCAGGACAACGAGAUGGACGAUUUACCGCUGGUGAACAGUGAGCAGACAAUCAUCACGCAUCUGUACGGUGGCAAUGCGAAUCUGCGCGAGUAUCAGAUGAUUGUGGACUGGUUAGAACAGAUAUCGUUGCACCAGAAUCAGGCCGAGCUGAAGCACUACAUGGGCCGUACGGUGGCAUGGGAGAACACGCUCCAUCAGUUGCUGGAAAUUGGCCAGACGGCUUUCGGUAGCGGUCGUCCGUUGGUGAAGAGUCUCGAUCCGGAUGCACCGAUUCGCGAAAAGCGGCAACUGCACGAUCUCGACGUGGAAGAUCAGAUGCAGCUUGCUAAGCAGGUGUUUCUCGACAUACGCCACGGCCGGUUGAAGGAGGCCCAGAUCAAGUGCGAAAACUAUGGUCAAGCGUGGAAGGCAGCGUUGCUCGAGGGAUGGCGAUUGCAUCACGAUCCUAACUAUGAAGGAGAAAAUGGUCUCAGCACACGCGAAUCGAUCGAAGGUAACCCGAGGCGAGAUUUGUGGAAAAAGUUUGCCUGGCAGAUGGCGGAAAGCCGUAUGCUGGAUCCGUACACGAAGGCUACGAUCGGAUCGCUCUGUGGUCAUCUCGAUUCGAUGGUGGAGGUACUGUCCGAACACUCGUGGAACGAUAUGCUGUGGGCGUACGUGAAGAUCCAGAUCGAUAUUCGCGUGGAGAGCGAGAUACGGUCCCACUGCAUCAAGAGCUAUCUGCCCAUGCCGGAUCGUUACUGGAACGGAAAGCAGUCACUGGAGCAAAUUUUUGAUGCGCUCGAGGCACACAAGAAUGUGCGCAUUUCAACCGCAGCCAAGGACGUGGAUAAGGUGAUCCAGAAGUACAUUAUGCUGGACGACAUUCCUGAGCUAAUGCGUAUCGUGGACGGAUGGCUGGAAGGGACGGAGGUGGUGCUGAUCCCGCAGAUGCUACGCUUCUUGACGCAUUUCGUGUUGUUCCUGCGGCAGAUUGGCAAAACGUUCCAGGAAGACAUUGGCGACCGGGUGGUUAAGCGCUACGUGGAGUAUUUGAUAACGCUCGGUUCGUCAUACAUGGUAGCGUUCUAUACGGCCGCUUUACCGCCAAACAUGCAACUGUUGCUAUAUUCCCACUUUCUCGACACGAUCACCGACAGUCUGCAGCGAAAGCAAGCCCUGGAGGAUGCUUACAAUUUCGGUCUGGAUGUUCCGUGCAUUACAGUGUUCACAGUGGAACGAUGCCGUAUAAUGGAACCUGAAAAUGACGAGUCAACACCGACCGCUGCCGGCACCUUGACCGAGCUGGACGAACGGAAGAUUUUAUCCCUCGAGUGGCUUACCUUCUAUGCCGACCAACGCGGUGAGCUUUUGUGGCAAACCAAUACACUCAUACGCUACUUCCUGGCCCGGCGCAGUAUUGAAGCAGCACGGAAAGCGUUUGCCGUCAUACCAGCCGACACGAUGGAGCUCAUAUUCGCACACUACGGUUCGAAGGAUGACAUUCCGUGCAGGGAGGAGGUUAGCAUCCGCGAAUAUCUUUGCUACCAGACGUACCUAGCUGCGAUCCAGGGUUACAACGAUUGGUCCCAUCUGUUCUAUAACGGUAGACCGAAACCACCGCCCGUGGUAAAGAUAUCCAACUUUACCGAGCGUGUCACAUCCGAGCAUCGGGAGGAAUCGUACCGGAAGGAGCUUGCCAACUGGGAGGAACGUAUCGGUGACGCGACAACGCUGACACGCGAUUUGCUGUACAACGUGCUACUGUUUCCCGAGGCCGGCUGGUUGGUGGACACGGACACAAUGAAACCGAUACCGGCAGACGAUGAAGAUUGGCAGAAUCGGGCAGUGCAGAUGGAAAGCCUACGGAAGCUUUGCAUUCCCGAGAUAGUGCUGUUGUUGCAUCAGCUCCACACACUAACCGAACGGCACAGCGAGAAUCUGUUGCUGGCCGAUGUGCUCAGUUCCGAAUCGCGCAAACUGUACAGCGUGUUCCCGAAGCACAAGCUAGCGGAAACGCUUACCAAGAUAGCCGAAUCAUCCCUCACGCUCAUGAACAAUCGGAAAGAUCCGUUUGUGGGUGAUGGUGCGAAGAAGUAGAGUU